CAUUGUUGUCUCCAGAGAAAAGAAAGCUCGAGAGGGUGUGAGAGAGAGGCGUGAAGCUCUCGACAAUGGCGGCGGCGGCGGCGGCUCAGCAGCAGGCGAUGCAGAAGAACACGUUGUACGUGGGAGGUCUUGCGGAUGAGGUGAACGAAUCGAUCCUUCACGCGGCUUUCAUACCUUUCGGAGACAUCAAGGAUGUGAAGACGCCAUUGGACCAAGCGACGCAGAAGCAUAGGUCCUUCGGAUUCGUCACCUUCCUCGAGAGAGAGGACGCCUCAUCCGCCAUGGAUAACAUGGAUGGUGCGGAGCUCUAUGGCCGCGUUCUCACCGUUAACUAUGCCCUCCCCGAAAAAAUCAAGGGUGGUGAACAGGGUUGGGCCGCUCAUCCACUAUGGGCAGAUGCAGAUACGUGGUUUGAGAGGCAGCAGCAAGAGCAGGAAAUGCAGAGGAUCCAAGCCGAGAACAAAGCGGCAAUGCUGGCUGCCGAGGAGCUGCACAGGAAGAAGCUGGCGCAAGAACGAGAAGGCGAGAAAGAAGACGAUGCAGAGAUUAAGGCUGAUGAUCCAAUGGCGAUAGCCGAGGCCGAGGCUCUAAGAAAGAACAAUGACACUAGUUAAAAGUAUGCAGUCUAAUCUACUUAACUAGCUUUGUGUCAAUGCUGUUCUGUUCCUCGCGGUCUUAGAGAUGAACUGAGUUUGGUUCCUCACUUCAAAGAACUAUAAAAUUCAAGCCAGCAACUAAAAUUAAACCGGAAAAAUUCCAAACCGGGCACAUUGGCAAUCAA